GGCGUCCGCUCCCCGGCGUGAAAGCCUCGAGUGCGCUUCCUGCUAGUCUCCCGGCUUCUGACCUGGGCACCUAGAGGAAAGCGGCAAGAUGACUGACCGCUACACCAUCCACAGCCAGCUGGAGCACCUGCAGUCCAAGUACAUCGGCACGGGCCACGCCGACACGACCAAGUGGGAAUGGCUGGUGAACCAGCACCGCGACUCCUACUGCUCCUACAUGGGCCACUUCGACCUCCUCAACUACUUUGCCAUUGCGGAGAACGAGAGCAAAGCGCGAGUUCGCUUCAACCUCAUGGAGAAGAUGCUGCAGCCCUGCGGCCCGCCCGCCGACAAGCCCGAGGAGAACUGAGAGCAGCCCGGCCGCCCACGGGGCCACCCAGCCGGCGCCCCUCUUCCUCCCUACCUUCGCUUUGGCAUCUUCUUCGAGGGGUUCUGCCCACCCCACCACCACCACCAGGGACCGAUUCUCGAUGAUUUCUGCCUCAGGCAGUCCGAGUUCAGCAUUGCUAAACUGGGAGAGUCCUGCCUGACCUGCUUUCCCGUGGACCCUUCGAAAACGCCCUGGGAAGGCGGCAGGACUGUCGAGAACUGUAACCUCGGAGAACCUUUAGAAAGAUGUGCUGGUGUGAAACAGGACUGGGGGCGCAGGGGACUCCUGGGGGUCAAGUUGAUUGUUGUUGCUUUUUUCCAUAAAGUUCAGAAGU